CAGCGGCUGGCACCUCCCAGUUGUGCUCAGCACUAUCUGACCGCUUUGCCAUUGAACUUUCCUACUCGUCUACGUUACUUCUGGCCACCUGACCAAGGCUCGCCGAGCUGUGAUCGGUGGCCCCCGUCCCCACAGUGCUGAUACCCCCAGAGGCUGGCUUCGCAGCGUCCUAUUCCUCUCGACUGAUCCUGGUCAUGGCCCUGCUCGGUUUUGUGCUGCGUCGCGUCCUCUCCGGUCACACUUCGCCCUUGUGGAAACAGGUGGAGAGAUGCCGGAUCUCAUCCAGCAGAUGGUACAACAUCUCUGCCUACAUGCCGGAGGCGGCAGCCUUCCCGUACGUAGCGGACUACUCUGACCUGUAUAAGUACUCCGUGAACCAGGGCGACAGCUUCUGGGGGGCAGUGGGCCGAGAAAGGCUCUCCUGGAUGAAGCCCUUCCACACCGUGCAGGACUGCGACUUCAGGGAGGGCAAAAUCCGCUGGUUUGAAGGAGGGCAGCUGAACGUGGCAGUGAACUGUUUGGACCGCCACAUCCACACCUGCCCUGACCGUGUGGCUUUGAUCUGGGAGAGGGACGAGCCCGGCACCGAAGUGAAAAUCACCUACAGUCAGCUGCUGGAAGAGACAUGCCGUCUAGCAAAUGUCCUCAAACGGCAUGGCAUAGUGAAAGGAGACCGUGUCACCAUCUACAUGCCCCCUUGCCCACAGGCAGUGAUGGCCAUGCUGGCAUGUGCCCGGAUUGGGGCUGUUCACACCCUGGUGUUUGCAGGAUUCAGUGCUGAGGCGCUUGCUGACAGAAUAAAGGAUGCUGAAUCCAAAGUUGUCGUCACCAUGAAUCAGGCCUUAAGAGGAGGUAAGACCAUUGAGCUGAAGAGGACAGUUGACCAGGCACUAAAGAGAUGCCCCUCUGUGAAGCAUGUGCUGGUGGCCACGAGAACGGACAGCCAAGUCCCCAUGAAUGACAUAGACAUCCCCUUGGAGGAGGAAAUGAUAAAAGAGGAUGUGACCUGUGACCCCGUCCCCAUGGAGAGUGAAGACAUGCUCUUUCUGCUUUACACGUCUGGUAGCACUGGGCGACCCAAAGGUUUGGUACACACACAGGCUGGAUAUCUUCUCUACUCCGCCCUGACACAUCGGUAUGUCUUUAACUACCAGGACGGAGAUGUCUUUGGCUGUGUGGCGGAUAUUGGCUGGAUCACUGGACACAGCUACAUUGUCUAUGGCCCACUGUGUAAUGGAGGAACCACGGUCUUGUUUGAAAGCACCCCAGUUUAUCCCAAUCCAGGACGCUACUGGGAAACAGUGGAGCGGCUGAAAAUUAAUCAGUUUUAUGGCGCCCCAACAGCAAUACGCCUCCUGUUGAAAUAUAAAGAUGAGUGGGUGAAGAAAUACGACCGCUCAUCCUUGAAGACCCUUGGAUCAGUGGGAGAACCAAUCAACUCUGAGGCAUGGGACUGGUACUUCCGAGUAGUUGGAGAUGGACGGUGUCCUGUGUUAGACACAUGGUGGCAAACAGAGACUGGUGGAAUCUGCAUUUCUCCCUGGCCAGCACCUCCUAAUGCAGAGAUCUUACCAGCAAUGGCUAUGCGACCGUUCUUUGGGAUUCAGCCUGUCCUGCUGGAUGAUGAGGGAAAGGGACUUUAUGCCAAUGACAUGUCUGGAGCACUAUGCAUAGCACGACCCUGGCCUGGAGUGGCCAGAACCAUUUAUAAUGACCACCAGAGAUUUAAAGAAACUUAUUUCCAGCCAUACCCAGGUUACUUUUUCACCGGGGAUGGGGCCUACCGAUCAAAGAAAGGCUACUACCAGAUCAUCGGCCGCCUGGAUGAUGUUAUCAACGUCAGUGGGCACCGUCUAGGCACAGCAGAAAUUGAAGAUGCCCUGAACCAGAAUGUCGUUAUUGCUGAGUCGGCUGUGAUUGGCUAUCCGCAUGAGAUUAAAGGAGAAGGUGCAUAUGCCUUUGUAGUCUUGAAAAAUGAUGUGGACGUCUCAGAGGACGCACUGGAGAAGGACUUACGAGAUAUUGUCUCAAGGAAAAUUGCAAAGUAUGCUGUUCCUGACUAUAUCCAGGUUGUGAAACAGCUACCAAAAACACGGUCUGGGAAGAUCAUGAGGCGUGUCCUGAGGAAGAUUGUGGCCAGGAAACUUGAUGAGCUGGGAGACCUGACAACCUUAGAUGACCAGAAAGUGGUGGAGGAAAUCAUUAGUGGACAUGCACUUCUUCUGGAGCGCAACAGUACCCAAAAGUCCUAG